AUGAAGAAGCACAUCUGGGAUCCGCAGCCAGGGAGAGAGACGGGCAUCCUCCCCGUGGGAAGGGUGCUGGCCAGGGUUGGGGGGGGCAACGCUGGUGGAGUGGGCGAUCUCCAGCAAGGCCAGGUCGGGGAGGAAGAAGCAUAUCGGGGUAUGCAGGGAGGGGUCUACCAGACUCUGAGCCCGAUGGCCACGCGUCCAGCGAGGCUUCCUAAGUACAACGGCAAGAAGGCCGCGAGAUGGAAGCCCCCGCCGGGUCUGUUGAGAAGGGGCCGGAGGGGAAGUGGACCAUUCCCGCCUGUGCUCCUCCGGUAG